UAUUUCAUUGUUCAUUCGCUCGUGUAACGCGAAUUCAGAAGCAAGUGGGUUCUCAGCGUUUAUUAUGUUAUUUACGAUUCAAACCGCUGCUCGGUUAUAUAUUUUACAAUUUCCACUUCGAUUUUAAUCUUAUAAAUGAUCGAUAUUUCCUUAUGUGAUUUUUUAGGUCAUCUUGUGUAGCUAGUUUCGUCGUAAUUUUAGUUUUAAAUAUGUUCGCGUACAUAACUUUCGUGCUGAUUUGUGUCGAACUGUGGAUAGUCAACGCGCAAACACCUACCAAUUGGGGAAGCUGUCCGGAUCAUCCGACAGUAGAUCAGUUUGAUCUUGAAAAGUUUCAAGGACCAUGGUAUGAAAUUGAAAGAUCAUUUUAUGUUUUCGAAUUACUUGGUAACUGCCCAAAAUUCAAUUUCUCCAUCACAUCAGGAGAUUCCAUGGAGGUGAAAUUUUCAAUGAAAAAUCGUAUAACUGGAAAUAAAAAUGUAAUAGAUGGACUUGCUUAUCCGAAGCCUUACAAUCCUGCAAUAUGGGAUUAUAGAGUGAACAGCGGAUUGCCCAAAUACCUCUCAAGAAUAAUGCCAGGUUCUGGCAAAUAUUUUAUUUUAGACACUGAUUAUGACAGCUAUGCUAUUAUGUAUUCUUGCUCAAAUUUAGGAUUAUUUCAUUCCGAUUUGAUAUGGGUGUUAGGAAGAGAUAAAAAUCUUGAACCGGAAUCUAGAACAUUGAUUUAUACGCACCUGAAUAAUUUACACAUUGACGAAGCAAGAUUAACACUUUCAAAACAAUUGAACUGUCCGUAGAUGGCUGAAAUAAGAUUAUUUUUAAUCUGCCUAGUCAAUAUUCUUAAACAGAUAUGACUUACUAAUGUAAAUCAUACGUACUUUUGUUUAUAUAGAUAUUUAUUCAAAUAAUUUUAUAUCAUGACUGCAUGACAAUAAUUUAAUUUAUGGAAUGAACUUUUGAUGAUCGCAUAAUAUUUUUCACAAGUUCUUCAACUAUUUUGAUAUUACCUAUUCGAUUUCCAAGACAAAAUAUACCUUCUUUUUAAAA